ACAUACUCCACUCGCGACAUGCUCUAAUACCUCGUUCCUUUCGACAAGCGAUAUAUUGCAUAUAUAGUAAGAAUGUCUCGAAGGCAUCUAGAGAUUUUCAAUCCUGCGGCCAAUGUUGCAGGGCCAUCAUCGUUCACGCAGUUCCCCUCACUUCCAGCAGAGAUACGAGUCUCAAUAUGGAAAUGGGCUCUCCGACAUGAAAGAAUUAUCAAGAUCUUUCUCCGAUCACACGCCAGAUUUUGUGCCAACCGUACUAGAUAUGGUAUUCGAUUUCCUCCAAUAGAACCCGGGGAGGAUGAUCCAUCCUACUAUCCCGUUGUCGCCGGCCACCGACUCCUUAGCAAACUUCUUAGAGUCAAUGCAGAAUCCAGAGAGGUGACGCUUUCUUUCCAUAGGAUGCGCCUGCCCUGUUGGUUGACGGCCCAUGCAUCCAAACAUCGCAUCACCCCUUGGACUUCUGGAGCGAUAUAUAUCAACCCUGAAUAUGACUUUCUUCAUAUAGAGCAAGACACGAUGGCCAUAGUGGACUUUGUAUGCGACUUGAAGACGAAGCAUGAUCCACGUAACAUCGGGAUUAGAAACCUUGCUCUCUGUCGCAAUCAGUUAGGGGGGCGCGCAUACGGCCUUGACGCAAUCAGUUAGGGGGGCGCGCAUACGGCCUUGACGCAAUCAGGCCAUCUGAAAUCGAAUCCUCAAAGAUGAGGAUGUUCAGAGAAAUCAUCAGCGGGCUUGAUGAAGUUUGGUUGGUUUAUAUCCAGGCAUCUAUUCGGGGGAUGAUUGGUGGUGAAAAUGAAAGGUCAACAAUCCGCAAGACGUUCUUCGAAAGGUCAUUUCCCAUUCACGCUUUGCCACACAGCUUCGAUCGUAUUGGGCUUGAUCCUCGCACUGUCGAAGACGAUCUGAGCCAUCUUCACGUCCGCAAUCCUAAGCGUUUAUAUGACUCAUGGCUUCAAACCCUAGAAAAGAUAGAAGUAAGACCAUGUGAAGAACAAUACCGAAUUUUACUUGGCUUCAACCCUCGUCGAUCGAUUUGUAACCUUAGGGAUGCCGAGGAUUGGUUACAAUCAGAAAAUAGUGGCUGGACAACACAGCCUGAAAGUACGUGGUCUUCUCAAGAACCAAAAAUUGAGGGAGUUGCAGCUUCGGAAACCCGGGAAUCUGAGGAUGAAGACAUAAGCAAAGCUGUAAGACCGGCGUUUGGCUUUUGGCUCUUCCCGGUUGAUGCAUUCUGUGAUGCGAACAAAACUCCAGAGUCAGAAGGUUAUUUCACUACGUUUGAUGUUAGGAAAUACCGGCCUGAGCUGGCGAUUCGUCGGCUGAAUUAAGGAGACAUGGAUCGGAAUGUGUCGAAAGAGGUUGAUGCUCACCAUGCAGUCGCCUUCGAACGGCGAUACUUAGACCGCGGACAGACAUCAAAUAAUCCGGUGGAACCAGCUUUACCAUACAGGAGACAAGCCUAUGGACCGUCGUUUACUUUGGAGGAUGCCUGAGUUGGCAGCUAUGGUGGAACUCAAAUUUAUAGCCUAUGCGUACGUCAUUUUGAUAUCUAAAACCGUGUUUUUCGCCUCGAAAGAGAAACAUGUACUUUUUAAAUCUUGGUCUUGAUUCCAAACCAGUUCCCUGCCAGGACAGCGCGUGAUGCAAACAAGCAGCCCAGGCCUAGAGCUAGGACUCCCAUCAGGAAGCCGCUCAGAGCUUGAGUUCCCAUCUUGUCUAUCAUUGUGCCGCUACUUGGAAUGGCA